GGAUCGUCAGCCCUGCCCGCAGCAGGGGGCUUGGAGCUGGGUAUCUAUGCGCUGUGAUUCUGUGACUCUAUGACGGAGCUCGUUCGGGGCAACCCCGUGCGGGGCCACUCCGGGGGAGGGAGCCCAAUCCCGUCCUCACCCCUCCCCGCCGCCCAUGGCGGAGCAUCCCCAUCGCUCGGCGCUCCGCAGCCUGGGACGGCAGCCCCGAGCUCUCCGCGCUGCCUGUGGCCCGGCCCCCGGGGCUGAGCGAUCCGCCGCGCUGCUCCCGAGGAGAACCGGGCCCCGCGGCGGAGCGGAGCGGCGCUGGCGCAGCGGAGUCGGGGCCGCCGCUAUUUAGGGCGGGCGCGGCCGGAGCCGCCGCAGCGCGGAGAUGAACGGCAGCACCGCAGCAGGAAAUUCAUCUGUCUCUGUUUGGGAUUUUCCCUUAGUUGAAUAAAAGGUUUUCUCCUGUGUGGGAUGUGUGAUCAGCCUGGUGUUCAGAUCCCCUUAGGCAGCCCUACUCCUCCUCUUUCAAGGGAAGCACCAUCAGUCAUUGCAAUCAUUCACCGUGUGUGUGACCAGCAGCAUCUCAGCACAUGGAGCAUUCUGUGAGCUUCAGCACCAACGCACUGAGUUCUGGUUCCCAAUACAGCAUUUGAAGACCAGAUGUUUGUUGAAGAGAAAGCCAGAAUGAUCUGGAGGAAUAAACACAAACAGAGCUCUGCACUGUUCGGAAACUGGUCAUGACCUACAAAUCUGGCAGAAAUUAGGUUUACAUCAAGAAUCCAGGUAGUAUUUUGUUAUCACUUGGCUACUCUACCAGAAGAGAUCUUUAUAAAUACCAGAAGUGUGACAUUCAGGUGUUAGAGUGGAAGUGAAAGUACCCUUGAGGAUAGCUUUGUCCCAAACAUUGAGGCCAUAGGUUACGCACCCAGAUGUUUCUAUUUCAGCCUUUCACUCUCCAGUAUUGAUUUAUGCAGCUGCUGUUUUCAACGAGUUGUUUUUAUCUUUGGCAUUGGGCUCUAAUAGAAGAGGCUGUAACUCAGCAAAAAGGUGAGCAUCUUUCUUCAUCAUCCUGGAAAGAUUACACUGAGAACUGCAAUCAGGACGGAGGAUGACUCAGUAUAACCUUUCUGCAGAGCUCUCCCUGCAGAGCUCAGCAAAUAAGUCAUUAAAUUUUACUGACCCACCUCUGGCUUUGGAUGACAGGACACUGUUAGGGCUGAAUAUAUCCCUGUCGGUCCUUCUGUCUGUCAUAACUUUGGCAACAAUCCUCGCAAAUGUUUUUGUUGUUAUUACGAUUUUUUUGACUCGAAAGCUCCACACACCUGCAAAUUACCUCAUUGGCUCCUUGGCGGUAACAGAUCUUCUAGUGUCUGUCCUCGUGAUGCCCAUCAGUAUCGUUUACACUGUCACCCACACGUGGGCCUUUGGCCAAGUGCUGUGUGAUAUCUGGUUAUCAUCAGACAUCACGUGCUGCACAGCCUCAAUCCUGCACCUCUGCGUUAUUGCACUGGACAGAUACUGGGCUAUCACAGAUGCUUUGGAAUACGCCAAACGCCGGACUGCUGGCCGAGCAGUGCUCAUGAUCGCUGUGGUUUGGAUGAUCUCCAUUAGUAUUUCUGUGCCACCAUUUUUUUGGAGGCAAGUGAAAGCUCAUGAAGAAAUCGCCAAGUGUAACGUGAACACGGAUCAGAUUUCCUACACCAUUUAUUCCACUUGUGGAGCUUUCUACAUUCCAACCGUGCUCCUCCUAAUACUAUACGGUAGAAUUUAUGUAGCAGCUCGAUCCAGGAUCCUGAAGCCACCCUCGCUGUAUGGGAAACGAUUCACUACUGCACACCUGAUAACCGGCUCUGCUGGGUCUUCCUUCUGCUCCAUUAACGCAAGCCUUCACGAAGGGCAUUCCCAUUCUGGUGGAUCCCCAUUAUUUAUCAAUCAUGUUCAAAUAAAACUUGCGGAUAGUAUCCUGGAAAGGAAAAGAAUUUCUGCUGCGAGAGAAAGGAAAGCCACUAAAACUUUAGGCAUUAUCCUAGGAGCUUUCAUCUUCUGCUGGCUGCCAUUCUUUGUCAUGUCCCUCGUCCUGCCCAUCUGCCAGGACGCGUGUUGGUUUCAUCCCAUCCUGUUGGACUUCUUCACGUGGUUAGGUUACUUAAACUCAUUAAUCAACCCCGUCAUUUAUACAGCUUUUAAUGAAGAAUUUAAACAGGCUUUCCAAAAACUAAUACAUUUCAAAAAGUGCUCGUCUUGAUCCUCUUCUCUUGCAUUACUGACCUUUGCACAAUCUUGCAGCCUCCCUUGAGAUUUCCUGUGCUUUGAUUCCUGGGUCCAGAGUGGUGAUCUCCAUCCCUGCGGCUGCCCUGUGCUGUGCAUGGAAACAGGGAACAUCUUGCAAGUCUGGUUCUCUUUGUCUGGAACUCUGUAUACCAUAAGAUAACUUGUCUGUGGUCUCUGCAGUGAUCAUUUGUAACAUGUAAUAUCAGCAGACAAAGUAAAGUUUGCAACGGGUGGAAGACUACAAAAAGCUGAGUUUGUACAGGGCUGCUCUGAAAGUAAUGCCUCCUGGUUUAUAGUGCUGGCCCACAACACCAGAGGUGGGUGUUGGUGGGAUGGCAGUAGAAGUUGAACCUUCCCACUGAUAUCCCAUUACAUAUUGUUGCUGUAUGACACAUGGCAGCAAUCUGACAAAUGGUGCUACCAAGCCUGCCAAGUCUUUGUAACCUGAUGGGAGGAAAACUUGGGCAUAUUUGGAAGACUUCAGUGCUUCUGCUGUAUGUUACUAGCAGUUCACGUAGGCUGAGAAGGUUUCUGGAGAAUGGGAUCUAGAGUCUGUAUUUCCUGUCCAUCUGAAAUUGAUAAAACUGGCAGCUCUGGCAGAAAACAGGUGGCAGCCUGAGUGCAGGCAGCAGGGCAUGAAGACAUGGCAAGCAAAGUGAGUUCAAUGGGCAUUUGAAGCUGCACUUUUGGUGAACUGCAGAAAGAAGCCAUACUGUUGGAAACCAUUUUUACGCACUUGAUCAUGUGUGCAAUAUCAAAAUAAACAGCAUGAACGUUAUUGAAAAGUACUUUGCUCUUA